AGGAGUUGCGUCCUGUCUACUGCUAGCAGUUCACAAUAAUCACAUUAUUCUUUUAAGGGUUGACGACUAAAGGAAAAAGGAGAUGAGUGCUGACGACCAGGAGAGACGCAACUGACGUGCGCCUUGCGUAUAUCUUUACUUUAGUGCGAGGAAAAAAGGAAGAAUAGCGUAACAAAGAAAUUAGACGUGCAUGAGUUGCUUGCAGUAAACUGGACGGUCAUCAUGCGCUCAACAUUAGUGUUCUACACCCGCCAAGACUGCUGGCUGACGAACUGAACAGCAAAGUUCAUGGCCAAUAUGGAAGAGAGUAAACUCAUCUUAAACAUGGACAAUUGGAAGGGUCCCUCUGCGGUCUUCUCCAAAGACAAACCUCCGGAGGAACCUAGCCCAAGCCAGCACCCGCAGACUGUCUUCCUACUGCCUUACUCUCCACCCUCUCCUGGCUCUUUAGCUGACCAGUCAGCAUCAUCUGCAAGCACCUUUCUCCCCAACAAUCUGGUCAAAUCCUCCCCUGCUGAUCCGACUCUAAAGGAGGGAGGCUUCCAAAAAGGCAAAACGAUGCACUGCAGGUCUCCAAGCACAGAGGUGAACCUCAUUAAGCCAGAUCCCAAAGUUGUUGCGCAUCCACAGAAGCAGACAAAGAUCUCAGAGGCCAAGCUUGAACCUAGCGUGGAAACGCCACUUUCUGCAAUCUGUAGGAGCUCCAUGAUGGAGGACCAAUGGAAGGAGUACUUGAGGGCCUCGCAGGAGUUUCGUAGUAUGAUGAAUCAGACCGUGAGGGAAGAAAGCCCUGUUGGUCCGUUUAUUUCUGCUGUGGGAAACCCACCGUCUUACCAAGGAAUAGAGGGAAAAGAAAAUACUGACCUUAAGUGCCUGAGAAGAGCUGAUGGAGGUGGGUGUGAUACUUCUCUGAGAAGACGCCAACGGAGCUCCCUUUCGGAACAGCGGCGCUACAGCAGAGACACCCACUUGGAGAUCCACACCUACAGUGACACAAUUAAAGUGGUGGUCCACCCGAACAGUUGUAAAGUCGUACAACACAGAGUUCACCACCAAUCUGGAGGCACAGCCCCGGGCGUAUCCUCACCCAUUCAUUGGCUCUUGGUGGUAGGCCUCGUGGCUUACGGCUUUUUCAUGAUGCCCAUGCCCUCCUAUGUGACAGGUGUGUCCGUAGGGGUCGCAUUUGGUGUCAUUUUGGGCUUGGUGCUAGUGUUCAUGCUAACUGCACAAUGGUCAACUGCCAGAGGGAAGUCGCACUACAGCAGGCCCAGAAACAGGUGUCCACCGGAUGAGAAGAUCACAGAUCCAGAAACCCUUGAGGGCUGGAUGACUCACACAUGUGUCUACAACCUGGAGACGUUCCAGCCGUCUGCCGCACAUCCUGUCUAUGUAGGCUUGGAGAGGAGCAAGCUGCGCCUGUCAUACCCACAAACAGUGGAUGGGACACCGCAGGACAGCAAGUUUUUGCGUUCAUGCGUUUACCAGCUGGCCAACUGUACGGUCACACUUGCACCAACUGGGUUGGCUCGAAAGAGGGUCUGGAAUAAAAAGUACCCCAUCUGCAUCACUCUAGCAGAGGGGGAGAAAGGGGAGGAGAGUGUGAUGGAAGGACAAGAGGUGGAUGAAAGGGCAAAGAGAAACAUCAUCGUCCCUGUGCACGACACGCUUCCUGACGUUCUCUACCUGUUUGCAAACACGGGGCGGGAGAAACAGGAGUGGUUCCAGCACUUUCAGUCAGCCUCCAGGAUGACAGCCGAAAGAUGUGCAAAUGUACACGAGAACAAGAUUUCAGACACAUCACAAAGAGAUGCUGCUAAAGACUGCACAGAGGAGCUUCAGAACCUUCCGGAACCGGUGAAAGCUGCCACUAAAAAGCCGCUGGACUACAACGCUUACAUGACACACCUCGUUGGCUCCGAGAGUUCUAAUCCCGCACCCGACCCUGGCCUUAACGACAAAGGCAACCCCACAGCCGACCAAAAGGUCGACAAUGAAGUGGCUGUAGCGGAGUCAAGUGCAGACACUGGGCCAGAGCCAAAUCCAGCACCAGAGGGCCAACCUGUCUGGUUGAACUCCUUGAUAGGCAGGAUCUUGUGGAACUGCCUCCAGGAUCAGUACUGGACCGAUCGGGUGGCCCAGAAGUUUCAGAAGAAACUCAGCAAGAUCAAGUUGCCGUAUUUCAUGAACGAGCUGAUGCUAGUUGACCUGGACAUGGGCACCUGCCUUCCUCAGAUCCUCAGCAUCUCAAAACCUACACUGGACCGCAGAGGUCUGUGGCUGGAGGUGCAGCUAGUGUACACUGGCUGCUUUCAAAUGACCCUGCAAACUAAGAUGAACCUGUGUAAGCUGGGUAAAGAGGACCCAGAAGAGCCUCAGACUGUUCCACAGCCCCAACAAGAAGGGAACUCCAGCUCAAAGCGAAGACUGUCUACACUGGCUGAUAGCGAUGAAGAGUCGCCCAGUGCGGGUUCGUCUGAUGAAGAAGACACCCCUCCCGCUGAAACUAAAGGGUCUGUCGGAGAUAAGACCCCAGUGGUUGCACCUGACAUAAGCACAGGUGGCAGCACCGGCAGGAAGAUCCUGAAAUUUGUGGACAAGAUUGCAAAGUCCAAGUACUUCCAGAAGGCCACGGAGAAUGAGUACAUCCGGAAAAAGAUAGCCGAGGUGUCUAACGUGCCUCUGAUGCUCAGCGUUGAAGUUGUGGAACUCACUGGAACUCUUGCUAUCAACAUCCCACCACCUCCUACAGACAGACUAUGGUACGGUUUCCUUGAGCCUCCUAAAUUAGACCUUCACGUGCGUCCAAUGUUUGGAGAGAGGGAGGUGACCUUCACUCAAGUCACAGAGUGGAUCGACAAAAAACUCAAGUGCGAGUUCCAGAAAGUGUUGGUCAUGCCCAACAUGGAUGAUUUAUAUGUACCCCUGAUGGCCUCCGGCCCAGACAACCCACCCGCAGCCGAAGCGUUUUCACACCACUCCCGUCAAUCCUCCAUGGAGCAUCAAGACUAAUGCUAGGGUGUAAGAUGUUUGCAAAGGGCGGGAACUUUAGUAAAUUUCCAUGGGAUGUUCAGAUGAAAAAAAGCUUGAAUAUUGUCCAAUAAAAUAUGUAUUUUUUUUUCUUUUCACACAAACAGAAAAAUCUCAGAAAACAUACAUGCUUUUCAUUAUUACAGUGACAAAACCAUUUAUUUCAAUUUUAUUUUUAGGAAUUAACAGGGAAUUUUGGAGGGAAUUUAACAGAUUGUUUUGUAUAAAAUGUAACGAAUUAUCAGGACAUGUUUGCAUCAGUUUAAUAGAAAUAACUGGAAACUUUUGUAUCCAAUUUAACCACACUCAUUUGUCUAUUACUAGUAAUAUAAAAACUAAAAGAUAAAAUACUGCAAUAUAAAAAUUAGGGCUGUCAAAUGAUUACAAAUUGUAGUCAGUAUUAAAAUGAAUCAUGAUUAAUCGCCAUUAGUAACUAUGUCUGAAAUAUGCCCAUUUUUACUGUAUUAGGAUAACUGACAGGGCAGGAUUAUAUGUACAGUAUGUAUUUACAGCUCCAAAUGAACAGAAUAUGUCAACCAAGCUAAAAGAUACCCCACAAGUCUAAAAAUGUAUUUGUAACACUAGUCUCUUUGAUAGUAGACCAUUUGAAUCACACUUAAACCGUGUUAUUAUGAACACUGAGGAGUUUCAUUCAAAGACGUCAUGUAAUUUAAAUUUACUUGUUUUCAGUAUAUUUUUCAGCAUACUUAAAUGUAGCAAAUUGUACAUCCGAAUUAACAGUUACGGAGUGAGACAAGAGUGAUUCAGAAGACCUUUAUGAACAAACACAUGAGGAGAGACCGCACCUCGCCCGGACGUGGGAUACUGGGGCCUCACCCUGGAGCCAGGCCUGCAGGCGAGCGCCUGGUGGUCGGGCUCUCACUCGUGGGGCCCGGCCGGGCUCAGCCCAAACAAGCCACAUGGGAUCUCCCCCUCGUAGACCCACCACCUGCGGGGGCAAGCAUAAGGGUCCGGUGCAUUGUCCUUUGGGUGGCGGUUCAGGGCGGGCGCCGAGGCGACCUGGUCUUCGGCCACCAAAUCUGGUUCUCGUGACAUGGAAUGUCACUUCUCUGGCGGGCAAGGAGCCUGAACUUGUGUAAGAGGUUGAGACUUUCCGACUAUAGUCGGACUCACCUCAACCCACAGUUGGGUUCUGGAGAGCUGAGCCGGAAGGCAAAGCUCUCAAUUUACCGAUGGAUCCCUGUUCCCACUCUCACCUAUGGUCAUGAGCUUUGGGUCGUGACGGAAAGAACGAGAUCGUGGAUACAAGCAACUGAAAUGAGUUUUCUUUGUAGGGUAGUGGUACUCACCCUAAGAGAUGGGUUGAGGAGCUCGGUCAUCCGGGAGGAGCUCAGAGUAGAGCCGCUGCUCCUUCACAUCGAGAGGAGCCAGCUGAGGUGGCUUGGGCAUCUAGUCCGGAUGCCUCCCUGGUGAGGUGUUUCGGGCAUACCCAGCCGGGAGAAGGCCCCGGGGAAGACCUAGGACACGCUGGAGGGAUUAUGUCUCACAGCUGGCCUGGGAACGCCUUGGUGUCCUCCCGGUGGUGGGUGGAGGUGGUCGGGGACCGGGAAGUCUGGGCUUCCCUACUAAGACUGCUGCCCCCGUGACCCGGACCCGGAUAAGCUGAGGAAAAUGAAAUGGAGUGAGUGAUAAGAAUAUCCACUUCAAGUUUUGUUUUAUCGUCUUGUUUACACACACCGACACACACACGCAUUAUAAAGCCGUUUUUGUGAUGUUCGGAGUGUCCCUGAAUGAAACUCGCUUUCUUGUAAUGGCUGAGGAAGUGUCGUUCCCAGGCUGAAAGGACUAGAGACGUGUGAAUUGAAGAUAUUUACAGUAUGACAGUAUGUGGUGUUGGAAUUGUACUGCUGUUGAUGUGUUAAGGGCAGAAUGAAGUUAUAAAAAGCAUCUUGCGGGGGGGGUGGUGUUGCUCCAGUCUCGCCACUGUGCUUCGAAGCACUCUGUCAAAACAGGGGCGUGCUUGCUUUGGUGUGCAUUCGUUAAUUACACUAAAAAAAUUUACGUAAUUAAAUUACGUAGUUAGCUGUGAUUAACUGGCGAUCAGUCCAUGGUGUACGCCGCCUCUCGUCCAAAGUCAACUGGGAUAGGCUUUGGUUUGGUUUAGUGUAUUUGAACAUGAAGGUUACAAUGGAAUACAUCUCAUGAAUCAUCUUUUCACAAUUCCACGUCCAAAAGGAGUAGGAAGAAGCAAAGCUUAUUUAAUCCUACCCCCCAUCGAUUCCACAUCUAGUGCAGUACCUGUUGUUCACUUCCUUUAUUCCAUCUCAUAUUUUCUAUAAAACUAAAAAAAACGAACCUGACAGAACAUCAUUGUAAUGAUCAAGACUUUUCUGCCUUGUAUUUAGCAAACAUAAACUGCUUGUAUUGUUUUUUGAGUUCCUUGCUCAAUCCGUUCCGUAAUUUAAUUCCACAUACAGAAAUGCUGUGGGUUUUCAGAGUUCUCGCAUAUAAAUGUUAAGUUUAUUUUUCCUCUAAGAUCAUAUUUCUCCUCUGUGAUUGAGGCUCCAGCAUACCCGCGACUCUAGUGAGGAUAAGCGGCAUAGAAGGUGAAUGAAAUCAUGAAAUUAGUUACCGCCGUUGACGCGUUAUUUUUGACAGCCCGAAUAAAAAUAUGAAUUGCUUACUAUUUACCUAAGGUUCAUGUGACUAUUUAAAACAAAAAAGUGUUGAAUUAAGAGUGACAAGUUUGACCAGUUUAUUCCUAGUAAUUCCCAUGGAAAUUUUCUUUAAAUUUUGCCACCCAGUACAAUGCAUAAAACAUGGAUUAAAUAAGUG